GGCGGCGAGGUCACAGGUUACCAUGAAAGGCUGUUUCAGAACAUAUUGAAAUACCACCUCGGAGAGCCCGUCUCGGGUCUGCUGCUGCUUUACCCCAACUCCGUUCUUCAUAUCGUAGAGUCCUCCAGUGGCACAAUCUAUCGUAUCCUCCACGAUUUAGCUUCUCUCCAAAGUCAAGGUCCUAGUGCUUUGCUACAGGAAAUUAAGAUUUUAGUGGUGUCACAUAACAUCCCAACCAAGCUGUUCCUGCAGUGGUAUGUCACCAUGGUGACUCUGCCUGUGACAUACCUGGAAGAUGUGACACAAUCGCAGUCUACAGAAGAGGUGGUCACCGAGUGCCUUACUCUCCUGCUAUGGAUCUAAUGGUAUUCUCUCUUUACCACGAAGGUUAGCAGCAAGUCAUUGGGCAACAACCUACACACACUUGUACCCAACCUCCUAAUCCCAGCAGAGACCAUUAACUACUUGUGUAAUGCCAAGGACUGUUUGAGUCCAGAGGAGUUCCUGAAAAUGUAUAAGGACCCUUUACAGCCAGCCAUGGACUCAGAAACCGUGUGGCCUACCCCUGGUCAUCUGUUUGCCUAGACACACCAGACCCUACCCAAAGCAUUCUUCCUUAGCAUUUGAGCAUGUAUUCAUAGCGCAAACGGCAGAGAAACAAAGGAGCGCUGAAGAACACACAGCUAGCGUGGGGACUGGACACAUGGUAGAAGAGGGGUCCUCUCCUUAGCCUCCUGGUAUCGGCAUGGAAGUACACGGGAAGGAGUCAGGAGGCCUUCAGUGCAAAUCACCUGUUGAUCGUCUGCCAAAGUGUAUGCAAAUAAAGAGAGACUUUUAAACGCUGGCAUGGA